AUGCCGUCUUUGAAACGAGUAUCAGAAUUCUCGGAGUCUGAGGCUCAGAGCGACGCGGACUCUGAUAUUCCCGCAUCCUCGGACCCCGCCUCGUACUCAAGAAAACGGGCGCGUGCAUCUCCGUUUCCUACGUCUGAUGCGACAGCGACUAGCAUCCCUAGUUCUCCUUCCUCUACCCGCUCUUCGUCCCGCGACGAUGCACUCCCUGAAGACGAAGACGAAGACGAAGAAGACCUUGAGCUUCGCCAGACCCAGAUCAUUCAAGAAAAGUAUGCGCAGCAGGUCGAUGAGGCGAAUGUGCCUGCGGAGCACGGCAUCUUGGAGCGCGUCGAAUGCUUCAACUUUAUGUGUCAUAACCACUUUUCCGUUGAGCUGGGCCCGUUGAUCAACUUCAUCGUCGGCAAGAAUGGCAGUGGGAAAAGUGCCAUUUUAACCGCAAUUACACUUUGUCUAGGAGGGAAGGCUUCGGCUACCAAUCGUGGCCAGAAUCUCAAGAGCUUUAUCAAGGAAGGCAAGGAGAAUGCUUCCAUCAUCGUCCGGAUCAAGAAUCAAGGUGAUGGCGCCUACAUGCCAGAUGAUUAUGGGAAGUCGAUUAUUGUCGAGCGACAUUUCACAAGGAGUGGAUCAAGUGGCUUCAAGAUUAAAAGCGAACAAGGACGCAUCAUCUCGACACGGAAAGCCGAACUGGAUGCAAUCACCGACUACUUCUCUCUACAAAUCGACAACCCAAUGAAUGUUCUAUCGCAAGAUAUGGCCCGCCAGUUUCUCAGUUCGUCUAGCCCAGCAGAAAAGUACAAAUUCUUCGUUAAGGGUGUUCAACUCGAGCAAUUGGAUCAGGACUAUCGCUUGAUCGAGGAAUGUGUCGACCAGACUGAGGAGAAGCUGAGAUCCCAGGCAUCGAAUCUUCAUUUCCUGGAACUUCAGAGGAAUCAGGCAAGAAGGAACUUGGAGCUUUCCGACCAACAAGACACCCUCAGAGAGCGCAUCAGAAAGUAUCGGAACCAGAUGGUCUGGGCCGAGGUUGAGGAACAAGAGCGGAUCAGGGACUCUCUUGCAAAUGAAGUUGCGAAGGCAGACGAAGUGAUUGGGCUCGCCGAGGCUGAGCUUGGACAAUUCGACAAUGCUCUCCAAGCCGUCGAUAUCGAGAUGGAGACGGCCACUGAGCUCCUCAACCGCGCAGGCCGUGCAGUAGAGGAUCGUCAACGGGACAGAGAAGUGGUUGUUGAGGAGAAGAAAGCACUGACAGGCGAGACAAAUAAUGUUCUUGCAGAGGAACGUGCGAUGAAAAUGGCAGUCGAUAGUGCAGUCGCAGCGCUAGAAGAAGCCGAGAGAAAAAUCAAGGAUGAGGAACACCGCCUGACCGAAGUCAGCAAUGGAGGCUUUGCUCGAAAACAGGAGGAGUGUGAACAAGCCCAGGCUCAAGCUGCUGCUGCGCGGAACGAAUAUGAGACAUUUGACAAAGGUCAAUCUCCGCUGCGUGAAGCUAUCGGCGACGCCGAGGCUAAAGCAGAAGCUGCUAAGACCCAGCUCAAGAUCAAGGCUCAAGACUUCAAUCAAGCCAAGAAUCGGUUGCAGGAGCUCAAGAGAGACAAUGCUCAGGCGAAAUACGGUUUCCCUGACAAGUUGCCAUCGCUUCUCAGGGCGAUUGCGCAAGAACGAUCAUUUGGAGCUCAACCAGUUGGGCCAGUUGGAAAUUAUGUCACUUUACUCAAGCCAAAGUGGGCCUCGAUUAUUGAGAAUGCCCUUGGUCCGAGUCUCAACAGCUUUGUGGUGGAGAGCCAUCGGGAUCAAAAGACUCUGAGCAACAUCAUGAGACGCGUUGGAUGUCAAUGCCCCAUAUUAGUCGGAGACAAUAAAAAUAUCGAUACGUCUGGUAAUGAGCCCGAUAGUCAAUACGACACAGUUUUGAGAGUUCUGCAGAUUGAGAACGAUUCAAUUCGAGGUCACCUCAUUGUCAAGCAUGCGAUUGAAAAAAUGCUUUUGGUCGAAAAUAUCGAGGAGGCAUCGUCACUGAUGUUUGAUGGGCCAAGAUUGAGGAAUGUUUUACGCUGCUUCAGCAUUGAUUCGCGGGACCAAAGGCGAGGAGUUCACCUUUCCUACAACAGGGAAGGUGCUCCCAGCCAGUCACCCGUGCAGGCAUUCAAGGGCUAUCCCCGCAUGAAGUCCGAUGUCGCUUCACAGACUCGUCACCAGGAAGAAGUUGUUCAGCAUAUCAAACGCGAACUAGACGUUCUCCAACGAGAGUGUGAUGCGGCAGUCGCCCACUUGCACACUUGCCAGCGGGAUUUGUCAAACCAUCGACGAGAGACUGAACGACUCAAAGUGAAAAUGCAGCAACUGGAAGAUCGUGCAGAAGCACUCAAGGAUGCUCUUGAAAAUUCAGCGGAUGGCCAGCUAGAUGCGCUAAUCAGUAUUCGUGAUGCAGCACAGACUGACCUUGAACAUAAUCAAAGCAUGUUUGAAGAAGGCCGUCGUGUGAAGAAUGAGAAAAUGAAUCAGCUAAAGGUCAAACGACGAGAGGAGAAGGAGAUCGACGAACAAUUGGCACAGUUGCAAAACAAUCUCUCGAUUGCCCGACAGGAACAAAGAAGGGUCGAUGAUAAGCGCCAUCAGAUCAUCAGCAACAAGAAUGUUGCUGUCUCGCGCAUCGAUGACAACAAGAGGAGUCGAGAUCGAAUCCGAGAAAAGUGUGUUCAAGUCGAGGCUCGUAUUGUCGAGACCAUUGAGAAGGCCAGCAUGGUCACUUCCCGAGUUCCAAUUGAUGAAGGCGAGACCCUGAGCAGUCUCGACAAGAAGUUGGACAAGUUGAAGACCGAUCUCGAACAACACAACAGAAGAUUGGGUGCUUCUCGAGAGGAGAUUGCAAUACAAGCCUCUGCAGCGGAAGCCAAGUAUCAGCUUGCAUUGAAACAAGUGGAGGAGGCGACGGCACUUGCACAGGUCGAGCCGGACAUUACCAAAUCCAGCGAAACCGGCCGCGGAGCCAAGACUCUUUCCGGUGGAGAGAAGUCUUUCUCGCAAAUUUGCCUCCUUCUUGCCCUCUGGGAGGCCAUGGGAUCGCCCAUUCGUUGUCUUGACGAGUUCGAUGUGUACAUGGACCACAUCAACAGAAAAAUGGCCAUUGACAUGCUCAUGAUUGCUGCGCGACGAUCAAUUGGCCGCCAGUUCAUAUUGAUCACCCCAGGUACCAAGACUGAUAUCACUCUUGCUCCAGAUGUUCGAGUCAAGGAGUUGGCCGAGCCCGAGCGCGGUCAAACAACCUUGCCUUUUUAA